AUGGUGGUUGUUAGCUUUUAUCAAAAGGUUGAAAAUAUGAAGUCUGGGGACCACAGUCUUUGUGAUACCCUGGUCUUUGUGAUGGUCUCUGGAGGACUUAACCAAGUAGUAGUGAUCUACAACCAUUUCAUAAAGGUAAAUUUAAUUACAGGUAAGCCUCGUGGAAUCCGUACUGCCCGCAAGCACGUGAACCACCGUCGUGAACAAAGAUGGCACGAUAAGGACUACAAGAAAGCCCAUUUGGGAACUCGCUGGAAGGCCAAUCCCUUCGGUGGUGCCUCCCACGCUAAGGGCAUUGUCCUUGAGAAGAUUGGUAUUGAGGCCAAGCAGCCUAACUCUGCCAUCCGUAAGUGCGUCCGAGUCCAGCUUAUCAAGAAUGGCAAGAAGAUCUCUGCUUUUGUCCCCCGGGAUGGUUGCUUGAACUUUAUUGAAGAGAACGAUGAAGUGUUAGUGUCAGGAUUUGGUCGUAAGGGCCAUGCCGUCGGUGAUAUUCCCGGUAUCCGUUUCAAGGUAGUGAAGGUCGCCAACGUUUCCCUGCUUGCUCUGUACAAGGAGAAAAAGGAGAGGCCUCGUUCUUAAAUUAGCCAUUCUCAAAUUAAAGGAAAAAAAUCAAAA